AAAUACUGCCCAUUAUACUGCUUUGGGUGGUGUCUGUGAAAGUGGUUCACUGGAUCCAGUCGCCUUUGUCAGCCCAGUCCAUUGCAUCAGUCAGGGAGGAGCUGCCUCUGCCUGGCCUAGCACAGCCCUGGGAACCGGGGUCUGAGCUGCACCAUCUUGGCAGGGGGAGAUCUACCCCCCCUUUCCCAUGUUCCUCUGCCAUCACCUGGGGCACUGAAUCACCAACGCUGAACCCCACCCCUACUCCCACCACAGCUGCUGGACCCCAGCCCUUCCACAGACUCCGCUCCCACCCGCCCGCAGCAGGAGCGUCUCCCUUGGGCCAGGAGCAGCAGAGAGCUGCACUUCAGCGGAUGUUCCUGAGCACCUUGGGAGUGGGACACUGCGUCGGGUGCCUGGCUUGGUGAAGAAAAUGCAGAACCUUCAGCUUUGCCUCCUUCUCCUCGCUAGCCUCUCAGGAUCUGUGGCCCAGACAGACAAGCCAGCAGCGAGGAUCCAGCCGCGCCCCCCCUACCCCAGCCCGGGCAGAGAGCUACAGCUGCACUGUGACGUCCCAGGGGAUCCUGGCCCCCUGGAGUUCCUGUGGACAAAGGACGGCAGCUAUGUCCCCCUGCAGAUAAACCCUAACCGCAUCCUCACCCUCCCCCCCAUCGGCAAGAAUGAAACGGGCACCUACAUCUGCACGGCCACCAGUGCCUGGGGCAGCUCCGUGGCCAAGUACAGCCUGGAGAUGAUCGACCUCUUCCGUAAGGUGUUUGUUUUCCCAAGAGCAUCCAACGACUCCUACGUUAUCCUGAAGCCGAAGCCAGAGCAGCCAUUGCAGAGUUUUACCAUUUGUCUGAGAUCCUACACUGACCUGCCCCGGCCAUAUGCCCUCUUCUCUUAUGCCACCAAGGCCUAUGAUAAUGAGAUCCUGCUCUUCAAACCCAAGCCUGGGGAGUACAGACUAUACGUGGGGGGGGAAUUUGUGACCUUCAGAGUCCCAGAGAACCGUAUGGACUGGGAGCAUGUCUGUGCUGGCUGGGAAUCGGCCACGGGCAUAGCUGAGUUCUGGGUGAACGGGAAGCCCUUACCCAGGAAGGGUCUGCGGAAAGGCUAUUCCAUCAGUGCUGAGGCUGUGAUCAUCCUGGGGCAGGAGCAGGACUCCUUCGGGGGCGGGUUUGAACUCCCAGAGUCUUUUGUAGGGGAAAUCACAGAUGUGUACAUGUGGGACCAUGUCCUCUAUAACAUGGAGUCUAUAAUGUGGGGUGGGUACUUUUCCCACUACAUCUUUGGCUGGAAUAAUUUGCACUAUGAAUUAGUAGGUGAUGUGUUCCUGAAACGCAAGCUGUUAUUCUGAUCCUGUGAGCACAGGCUGCAUUCAGUAGCAGUGCAGCCCCAGCCCAAAGCUGUGGAGCUCCAACUCCUGCUGUCACUUUCAGAGAGUGACGUGCCCCCGGGGCAUGCUGUCUGCAGCCAUAAACCAGACAUGCCAAACCCGUGGAAAAAAUGCAGAAAUUCGGCUUGGUUUUGGCUUAAUUGGCUUGUGAGUUGCUUGUUGGCUAGUUUUGGCUUGUAGCUUGUUAUAGCUUGUGGCUUCUUUUUUUUUGAUCGGCUCCUGGCAAGCAGGGGCAAGCUGAGGCAAGGGGCAAGCAGGGGCAAGAAAGGAAGAGUCAGGGGUGCACAGCAGGCCCACCACAGUCCCAGACUGCACGCCGGGGGGAUCUAGUCACAUAGAGUGUUGGGGUUCUUAGGGACUGGCCUUGUUUUGAAGUGCGAUUAGCUUGAUUUUUGGCUUAUUGUGAAUGUUGGGUGCUUAUUUACUGUGUGAAAGUUGGCAACUGUGCCAUAAACCCUGGCGAGUCUAGCACAAAGGAGAAUGUGAUCUCCAGCCCCUGGAGUAUGUGCCGUUCCGGGUGGCACACACUGGGCCAAAGCACAGAGCUGAGAGAGGCUGGUAGGUGCUGUCUAGGCCUCCCACCCUGGGUUCCAGCACUGGAUGCACCUCAGUCAGCUUUCCAGUGCUUGGUCCAGUCUGCUCAUAAAUGUGCCUGGCAUUAGGGCUGGUGCAGCUCUCUGUGAGCUUCCCUACUCGCCACAGAUCUCACGGGCAGGAUGGGAUCCUGACGUGCACUCAGCACCAUGUGCCUGGGUUCCUCCCACUAAUCUGGUGAAUUCUGGCCUGCAGAGCUGUGCCUUUCACCGCUGGGUUAAGCCCUUGGCACAGGCAGACCCAAAUCCCGUUGGCUUUUCAUGCAGGCAGAUGGCAUUGCAAACUCCUGCCCAUUCCCUCAGUGUAUCAGCAUUGCCCCUUGCCAGACAGUGCCCUCCCCUUGAAAAGCUUGGCUCCUGAUUAGCUCAUGCCCCCCACCCCUCAUGGCUGGCUGUACAUCUCCAUUUUCCUACCGUCAGCUUAGCUAUAACCCUACCUGUUGCAUUUUUUCUCUAGGCUCCCACCCCUCCCACUCACCUCUUUUUGUCUGUGAUUUUCUCACACAGGCAUUCUCCUCACUCUCUUCCAGGUCACUUAGAUCUUAAGAGGCUCUGAAAUGAGACCAGAAGGUGCCAUCCCCUCCUGCUCUCUUUCCGUUACCCUCUAGCAUUUCCCACUGUUUAUGGUCCUGAUUCCUAUUGGCUAAGGGGCUGUUUAAUUGCAAUGUAGACGCUCCAGCUUUGGCUGCAGCCUGAGUGUUGGGACCCUCCCACCUCCCAGGACCUUCCUACACCCCAAUUAAACAGCUCUUUGCUUGUCCCCAUCAGCCGGAGUCAGCUGACAUGGGCCAGCCAGGCUGUCUAAUUGCAGUGUAGACUGACUCUGAAUGAGAGCAGCACAGAACCCACCAACAGGUCACAGCCAUUCCCAUUCAGCCAGCCCAUGCUGGUGCAGCAGAGCAUGGCGGCUGGGGAACCAUUUGCCCGUGGGCAUGGUAGCUCCGCUGGAUGCCUAGCGGUCCUGCCCCCAUUCCAUGAGGGCGCUGGCGGGGGUGACACAUCUACACCCUCAACCACCAAAUCAUUAUAACAUUUUCAUGGUUAAGGUCUCCAAGCUGAUCCAAGCCUGGGCCCACUCAAAGUUCUUAGCUCUUUGCUCAGCUUGGGUCCAGGCCAUGGGUGGAGCUCAAGGCUGUCAGCAGCAGGGGUCCUAGUUUUCUGUGAUAAAAAACCAAACUUCUCUGAUAAAAACUAUAAAAAUGUGCAUUUUUCCUCAAUUAAAAUGAAAGGCUGAACUUUAGUUUCCAUAGGCACCAUACCUACAGGUAUCAGCUGAACACAAUGGUGUACUGAUAUGCAGUAGAAGCCUGUUUAUCCAAGCCUCCCCUAUCCAGCUCUCCAUACUAACCGACCCAUCAGUCUCCUAAGACUGACAGCCCAAGUGCCAGCUGCAUGAGACGCUGACAGCCUGAGCCCCCCAUCUUAAAAUAAGGGAUUGAAAGCUCUUUGCCAGUUCUCCUGUUUAUCCCAAUUUUUGAUUAUCCGAUCUGGCCCCGGUCCCAUUUAGAUCAGAUAAAUAGGUUUCAGCUGUUAAUUUAAAACAAAUUCAAAAAUCAACCACAAGAGGGGGAUGGUUGUGCUCAUUGAAUAAAUGGCACUGGCACUUUCUGUAAGAUUUUAAUUAAUUGUUAAUAAUAGGUUUUAAUUUUUUCACAGAAUGUAAAAACUAAAGAUUCUCUGUAAGAAUGCAAAUUCCACAUUUUCCCACAGCAAACAGAUUUCUAGGCUCCCUGGUCAUCAGGAGUUCAGUCCUGGUUUCUCAGCCUCCUGUUUUUGCACUCUGGAUGUGAGAUAGAGGAGAGGCUGAGGGAACUGGGCUUAUUUAGUCUGCAGAAGAGAAGAGUGAGGGGGGAUUUGAUAGCUGCUUUCAACUACGUGAACGGGGGUUCCACAGAGGAUGGAGCUCGGCUGUUCUCAGUGGUGGCAAAUGACAGAACAAGGAGCAAUGGUCUCAAGUUGCAGUGGAGGAGGUCUAGGUUGGAUAUUAGGAAACACCAUUUCACUAGGAGGGUGAUGAAGCACUGGAAUGGGUUUCCUAGGGAGGUGGUGGGAUCUCCAUCCUUAGAGAUUUUUAAGACCAGACUUGACAAGGUCCUGGCUGGAAUGAUUUCAUUGGGGUUGGUCCUUCUUUGAGGCUAGACGACCUCUUAAGGUCUCUUCCAACCCUAAUCUAUGAUUCUAUGAUAUGCAGCAUUUGCCACUCCAUGGUAUAAACACACUUAUGUAUCAGAGGGGUAGCCGUGUUAGUCUGGAUCUGUAAAAGCAGCAAAGAAGAAGUGGGUAUUCACCCACGAAAGCUCAUGCUCCAAAACAUCUGUUAGUCUAUAAGGUGCCACAGGAUUCUUUGCUGCUUUUACACUUAUGUAUGUUUUGAUAUGAGAACUCUCCAUGCUAUUGCAGCAUAUAACACUGUUAUAUUAUGUUUUGAUCGCAACAUGUAACCCCAGAUUACCCACAUGAUAUCAAGUAAAUAAAAAUGGUUUGGGAAACAAACAAUGUCAUUUGCUGGCAAGA